UCGAGCGGCGCUGGCUGGGGGGAGGGGGGGAAGCAACGGAUGGGGGCGGCGGCCGGAGGCGCUGCUGGGCUCUGAGGAGAGGCAGCCGCAGGCAGGCAGCCACCUCGUCGUCUCUCCCGGCUCCGCUCGCCCUCCUUCCCCCCCGACCAGUCCGGCAGCUCCGAUACCACCAUGAACCGGGGCAGUAGCGCCGCGUCCUGCCCUCCGUCGCUCCCCGCCGACGGCCACAGCAACAACGAGCGCCGCCGGGUGUGUAGCAACUGUCGGAAAGUCCUGAGGCAGGAAAAGAAAAUCAGAGUUUCUCUACCUUUAACAAGAGGACCAAGUGCCUUUAUACCAGAGAAAGAAGUUAUGCAAGCAAACAGUUUGAAUGAACGAAUGCACCUGCUUGUGGAAGAAUAUUCUAUAUCUGGUCGCCUCGACAACAUCACCCAGGUCAUGAGUUUACACACUCAGUACCUGGAAUCUUUCCUUCGCAGUCAGUUCUACAUGUUGCGCAUGGAUGGGCCUCUUCCUUUGCCCUACCGACACUACAUUGCGAUCAUGGCUGCUGCCAGGCACCAGUGUUUUUACCUAAUAAACAUGCAUGUGGAUGAGUUUUUGAAGACUGGAGGGAUACCAGAAUGGCUGAAUGGCUUGGAAUACGUUCCGCAAAGGCUGAAGAAUCUGAAUGAAAUCAAUAAGCUUCUUGCACAUCGACCCUGGCUAGUUACGAAAGAGCACAUUCAGAAACUUGUCAAGACGGGGGAAAAUAAUUGGUCUCUUCCUGAACUGGUGCAUGCUGUGGUCCUCCUGGCACACUAUCACGCCUUGGCAAGUUUUGUCUUUGGUAGCGGCAUCAAUCCAGAGCGGGAUCUUGAUACCUCGAAUGGGUACAGGCUCAUAUCGGUUAACAGCUUCUGUGUCUGUGAUCUUGCCAAUGACAACAACAUCGAAAACGCAUCCCUCACCAGCAACAACUUUGGGAUCUCAGAUUCUUUAAGUGAGCUGGAGGCUCUGAUGAACAGAAUGAGGAGGCUGCAGGAGGAGAAGGAGGAUGAGGAGGCCUCCCAGGAGGAGAUGGACACUCGCUUUGAAAAGGAGAAGACGGAGAGCCUCCUAGUUGUCACUGAAGCAUUUGAUGAUGAAAUACUUUCCAUAGCCGACGUUUCCCGCUACAUUGAAGAUCCUGGUUUUGGGUACAAAGACUUUGCUAGGCGGGGCGAAGAACAUCUACCAACGUUUCGGGCCCAGGACUAUACCUGGGAAAAUCAUGGGUUCUCCCUUGUGAACAGGCUUUAUUCUGACAUUGGGCAUCUUUUGGACGAGAAGUUCCGCAUGGUCUACAACCUCACGUACAACACUAUGGCUACGCAUGAAGAUGUUGACACAACCAUGUUGAGAAGAGCUUUAUUUAAUUAUGUUCACUGUAUGUUUGGAAUCAGGUAUGACGACUACGAUUAUGGAGAAGUUAAUCAGUUACUGGAACGGAGCUUGAAGGUUUACAUUAAGACAGUGACCUGCUACCCAGAGAGAACUACCAAGCGCAUGUAUGACAGUUACUGGCGCCAGUUCAAGCACUCGGAGAAGGUCCACGUCAACCUGCUUCUGAUGGAGGCCCGCAUGCAAGCUGAGCUUCUCUAUGCUCUCCGUGCCAUAACCCGUCACUUGACCUGAAGCAUCCCUGCAAGCGCGUGAAUAAAGCUUCCAAACAGAUGCGUAGCGAAAGCUGCUUGCGGUGUAGCAUCGGGUUAUUUGAUUCUCUAGUGUCAAAGCUGAAGCCGCGUUUCCGGCGGCUGUUAACGUGCAAUGAUAUCCUAUAUCUUUUCUCUCUUUCCCCCCCUUGAUGCUUAACAUUACUAAUGAUAGUAAAAUUAAUACUGAAGAACACCACUUCUUCAGUUGUUUCCAGCUGGAGUAUUGCUUGCAAACCCUAAACUUUUUUUUUUAUUAUUCUUGCCAUUCCUCUCUUACCCAGGAUUCUCUUUGGCGGUUUUAUCUCUUUUCCUGGUAUAUCCCCAAAUCCUGUUUCAUGUGAAUGGAAUCCAGCAAUGGAACUUCACACUCUUCCCCUUCCCCUGACGUUCUUUUUAGGCUAUUAUAAUGCAGUUUUUUUCUAGUCUGUGCUUUGUUUUAAACUGAACUGCUCAGUUGGCUUACUCUGCAAGUGUCCCCAGACACUUUGUAUUGCUGCAGUGUGGAGGCUGUGUGCAAAGCAGACGCAGCUGCCCUCUGCAGCUUUUGUAAUGUGAAAGGACCUCCUGCGACUUCUGUGUUGUGCUGCUGGCGCACAGCAUUCAAGUACUUCCUCUUCCGACUGUAAGAAAGUUUUUAACCACAUCCAUUUCAGCUGAACCCUCUGGUUCAGCAGUGGCCUUCUCUUUUUUGCCUGCGUUUCCGCUUUUCUCGACGACCAUUGGAGGGUACUUGUAGCCCCAUCUGCAAACCAGUUUAGCCUGGAAUAUUUGAUCUUUUAUGUCGCAUUUAAGGACUUCUUCCCAGAAUUUAAAUCAAAGUUCACUGGCUUGGGAAAUCAGGUAAUUAUGUGGCGUUUGCCAAUUCAGCACACCUUAACCGAUCAAAUAAGCAAUGUAGACAUGAUUGCAUUAAGGAGCUCUGGUAUUGCUGGGUCAGUUUUUCCACGAAGUUCACUGAGAUCCACUCUAACUGGAGGGAGGGUCUCUUCUACUGCCUGAGAUUCUUUUAAAUGGAGGGGACAGAUGUUGUGCUCAGGGCCUUUAUGCAUGUGAAAAAUAAGCAAUGAAAUUACAGCUUCUCUUCUGAAAGCUUUGAACAUACAAAGCCUUACACUAUUCUGGCCCCGUCUGUGCAUGUUGCCCGGUGCUGUCUGAUGUGGCUUGGUGUCUUCUCCCAAGGUCUCAGGCAAGCAUGUUUUGGAACCUUGCGUGCUGAGAAUCUUUAAACUGGAGGUGUCAGAUUUUGAACCUGGAACCUUUUUUACAUAUAAAGCAUGCGCUUUAUCGUUGA